AUGACGAAACCGACCAAGCUGAUGUGGCUGCAACCUGCAAGUGAUAGUACGAGCUGGCCACCAGCGGCGGCCAAUAAACUACUGCUGGAUCCCCGGCUGCUGGUGGCUGCUCGCCGCGGUGACAGCAAGCGGCUCAAGGAGCUGCUGCGGCUGGUGGUGAACGACGGCGACGGCGACGCUGAGGAAAAUGCAUCGGAGGCGGCGGCGACAUCAGAGGUGGUCAUCGUGGAGGUCGUCUCUGGGCGUCCUCCACCAGCUGCUGCGGCACCACCACCGUCAGCGUCCGGCGACAGCGACGACUUGAUCCUCUGCUGCGCCAGGAUGAUCGUCGCCGCGAUGCGCCAGCUGCUCCUGGAAGCGGGCAACCACGAGGGCCACAUGCCCUUGCACUGCGCCGCCGCUGCCGGGAACGCCAACAUGAUCUCCUGCCUCGUCGAUCUCAUCGCCAACACCGACGAUGAGGCAACGGCGGCGGCGUCUGUGAAGCCGGCGUUGGUGGUGAGAAUGAUGAAUAAGCGUGUGGGAGACCGCCUUGCACCAGGCGCCUUUAACGAAAGCGAGCAGCAGGCUGCUGCUGGUGCCGGUGAGCCAACACCACCCGGCCCCGCAACUGCCCGCCCGCCGGCGGCCACGCUUGAUGCGCAGCUGUUGAUGGCUGCUCGCCGCGGCGACAGCAAACAGCUCAAGGAUCUGCUGCCGCUGAUCAAGGACGACGACGAGCAGCAAAGCUCGUCCGUGGCGGCGGGAGCACAAGACGUGGUAGUGGAAGUCGAUCCUCGACCUCCUCCUCAUGAUGCUGUUGCACCACUACCCUCCUCUGGAUCGUCGUCACCGCCGCCAGUCCCGGUAGUCCUUGAUGAGGAUGGUGUGACCAUGGAAGGGGACUCCCUGCUGCACGUGGUUGCGGCAUGCGGCGACACGCAGGAGUACCUCGACUGCGCCAAGAUACUGGUCCGCAACAAGAAGCGCAAGGGCGGUGCAGAUGCAGCGCGCCUAGCCCUGGAAGCGCGCAACCGCAAGGGCGACACGCCCCUGCACUGCGCCGCCGGCGGGGCACCGGUGAAGAAGGCGUUCCUGAGGAUGCAGAACGAGUGUGGAGAGACCGCGUUGCACCAGGCCAUCCGCGCCGCUGCCGACAACAAGCUUAAGGUGGCCUGCAUCGACCAGCUGAUGGACGUGGAUUCGGAGCUGGCCUGCAUCCCAUUCCCACAUCAGGAGGAAGAUGCUGGUGCUUCCCCGUUGUACUUGGCUAUCUCACUGGGUGAAGUCGAGAUUGCGCGGCACCUGUAUAGCAAGACUAAAGGCGGCAAGCUGUCCUAUUCCGGACCACAUGGCCGUAACGUCUUGCAUGCAGCGGUUCAUCGUGGCCAAGCGCUGCCUAUGAUUUUGGAAUGGCUCAUCAAGGACAUGAAGCCUAAAGAAGACAGUAGUACUGUGUCUCUUGUGUCGCGACUGACUAGCGAAAGGGACAAGAAGCAGAAGGAAGCACCCUCUUCACUUGGCCGCGUCCUUGUCCGGGUGGCCAGGCGCGGGGCGGACGACGAAGGAUCCUACCCCAUACACGUCGCUGCAUGGUCUAACAGCAUCGUUAUCGUGAUCCUGCUGGGGAGGUGUCCGGACUGCGCCACCCUGCGAGAUGGCAAAGGACGGACGUUCCUCCAUGUCGCCGCCGAGGAGGGAUGCCACGAUGUGGUUCGAUAUGUCUGUGGAAAAAUGCCACAGCGAUUUUCAUCGAUGAUUCUGAAUGCGCAGGACAACAACGGGGACACUGCGCUGCACGGCGCUGUCCGUUAUGGGAACCUUGCCGUCUUCAACUGUUUACUUCGGAAUCCACGGGUACGCUUGGACGUGACAAAUAAAGACGGGAUGACACCACUGGAUCUUUCAUGGAGUAUGACCCCUUCAGCAAUUCUUUAUUACGUGCUUAAUCCAAGAAGUGUUGUACGGCUUUCAUUGCUCUUUGCAGGAGCUCCUCAUGGUGGAGGGCUAUGUCGGCCGGAGCUCUUCUGUGAACAACACAUCACCAAAGUAGACGAGGACAAAGAGUCACAGAAACAUACAGAUGCAACGCAAGUGAUGAGCAUUGUCGCCGUAAUUAUUGCGACCGUCACAUUUGCAUCAGCUUUCACGUUGCCUGGUUGUUAUCGAUCCGUCGGGGACUCAUCUAGCAAUAAUCACGCUGGGACGCCGGUGCUUGCUGGGAGCUAUGUUUUCGACGCCUUUAUCCUUGCCGACACCUUGGCAUUCAUCUGCUCCACCUUGGCUACCUUUAGCCUUGUCUAUGCCGGGGUGCCGGCCAUGGCCAUCUCCAUCCGCUGCUACUACUUCAACAAGUCGGCCGUGUUGCUGCAGAGUGCAGGAAGGAGUUUCGUGGCCGCUUUCGCCUUGGCCUUGUACCCGGUGCUGGCUCCAGUUGAUCAUACAAUUGCAGUGACUGUCUGCGUCAUCAUUUUUGCAUCUUUGCUCUGGGGAAACGUGGAAGCUUGGCGGGUCACCUGUGGGGCAAACACGGUCCGUGCUCGAAUUGGGAUACGGCGAUUUCCAGUAUGGGCUUACGUACAACAAAUAUUUGAUAGUGUCUUGGUACACUUUUGGUCGUACAUAAUAAUCCUUGGUCUCCCAGCAAUUCGGAAGUGGGUCAGUGAUGCUGGUGUCAAAUUAUUGGGAGCGGCGCAACUGUAA